AUGUAUCUGAACUUGUGGGAUAUCAUUAUUUCSCUCUGCAUCCAUCCACAGGAGKUUUUCCCARUCAGGGAUGAAGUACUGUCUGAUCUGGAGCUGUCAGAUGAUGACAUCCUUCCAGCCGUGCUGAUCCCUGAGCCUCUGAAGGCCACGCCGGUCCUGAAGCCCUCCUUUAAGAGCAAGAAUGAGACAGACCUGUUUGGCUUGGGCUUCACUGAGGAGGCCCCCAGAGCCAAGGACAGCAGUGAGGACCUAGAAGAGAAGGAAAGCAAACACUCCUCAAAAGAAAAGAAGAAAAAGAAGAAGAAAAACAAAGAGGAGGAGGAGAAGAGCAGCAAGAAGAAGCAUAGAAAGGACAAGAAAAAAGAGAAAGAUGAGACAGGAACGGGAGAUGACAAAGAGAAGAAAAAGAAGAAAUCUCGGACCAAGAAAACCGGGGAUGUGGAUGACUUGGAGGAUUUCUUGGCCGGAGGGGAGGGGUCAGAAAAUCGAGAGGGUGGAGACUAUGAAGAACUCUAGAACCCAAGUACUCCUUUUUUGGAACUUGACUCUGAAGAACUGCAGAAGCCAACUUGUCAUUUGAAACCUUUUGGUUCCUAGAACCAGAUUMAUUUGUGCACAAGCAGCAUCGCAAGCCAUAACCAUUGUCAUGCUCACCCAUUCCCAGGUAAAAACCUAGACUCUGUGGUGACUAUGUGUUGCAUUGAUAUUAUUUCCCAUUGGAUGAGAUGAGAAACAGGAAGGAGACUUACACCCACUAUAUGAUCACUACUGGGUAAGAUCACUACAGGGGAGCCACUAAGGAAAGAUUUUACUUUUUUAUUUUCUGAACAUUUAACCUAACAUUUGUAUUUGCUUACUGUUUUUCCUUUUAACUUUUUAAAAGAUGCCAACCUAAAGUGAACCACUUCAAAAGGGCUAGGCAGGGCUAACUUGUUUUUGUCUGAAUGUCCUCUAUUUCCUAUAAGAAUUGCUUGACUGAUUGGCAGUGUAGAUAUUACAUCGUGGAGCCUAUUCAAGGUAGAGGGUCAUAUUUCACAUGUUGAAGAUUGCCCUCUWAUUUUGAUCCACUGGUUUUGUUUCUCUGACUCAGUGAUGUAAUGGUUGUUGGAAGUUGUGCUGCUUUAAUUUAGCCUAAAGAACUGCUAUCUCUGUUUAUUUGAUAAUACCCCCCCAAAAUGGAACAGGUUCCACAAUGCACCAUUUUACAGCUACAUUGAUCGUAGUUUUAUUUUGUCUACAUCCCAAAUGACACUAUGCACCCUUUUCCCUAUAUAGGGUGGUAUUUUUCACUGGGCCCAUAGGGCUCUGA